AUGAGGAACUUCUCCGACGGGGAACUUCGCCUCUCAGGGCCAUACACCCACUCCGCCACAACCAACAACUUCUCACUCCUAAACUACCCAGGCACCUACACCCGUCACUCCCCGGACCCCCGGAAAAGACACGGAGUAAUCGACCUCGCCUUCGCUAACGCAAGAGCCCUCCCCCUGUUCAGCAGAUGGCAACCCCUCCCCGAGGCCACUGGCUCUGACCACAGGGCCAUCGCCAUCACCUUCGCCCUCCCCAACACUGACUUCACACCCAUCAUUGGCCCCAACUGGAAGCUCACAGACUGGCCAAGCCUUCAACCUGCCCUCCAGGACUUCACAGUCCCCAGCCCCAACCCUUCGGCAAGCCUCGACGCUUGGUUCGAACAAUCGCUGCAAGAACUCACAGAUACCCUAAAGAAACACACCCCCUCCAAAACAAUCACCAAAUGGUCGAAACCAUGGUGGAACCCCAACAUAACCCAACUCCGCACAAUCUACCACUCUGUCCACCGCGAUUUCAGGAGAGGCCUCAGUCCCCUUUCGAAGUCAAAGCGGCGAAGAAUGCCUACUUCAAUGCAAUCAAAAACGCAAAACGCACUCACUGGAACUCCUUCGUGUCCAAUGCAGCCACCAGCGAUGUCUGGAAACUUAAAAGGAUGGCAACAAGAACAGAAGACAGGCAUUUUUCCCGCCCAGACCAGACACUGGCUCCCCCCCCCCCUCAACUUCGCUCACGUCCCGGACAUCACCCCCGAAGAAGUAAGAACCACCCUCCUCCCCAGCUCCAACCUCUCAGCCCCGGGCCCAGAUACCAUCCCCUAUUCAGUAUGGAAAGGGGUCCAUAAAGCCAACCCACACAUCAUCCCAGCGCUCCUAAACCCACUCCUGAAAAGCGGCUACCACCCCCUCUCUCUCAAAAGGGCAAACGGAGUUAUUCUAGCAAAACCGAACAAAGCCGACUACACACUCCCCACCUCCUACAGAAUAAUCGUCCUCCUCCAAACCUUCUCCAAAAUACUCGAGAAGAUCGUUACCCUUCGCCUCGCGUCUAUCGCCAAAGCGGUAGGCCUAAUCCACCCCCACCAAUGCGGAUCAGUAGCCGGCCUGUCCACAGCAGAUGCGGUCACUACCCUCCUCCAUGAGACCAAAGCCAUGCAACACGCUAAGCUAAAAGUCUCCACCCUAUUCCUCGACAUCAAGGGGGACUUCGAUAACGUCGUCAAACACACCCUUGCAUCCACGCUCGCGGCCAAAGCUACCCCCCCAUACAUCAUCAACUGGGUCUUGUCAUUCCUCUCUGACAGACACAUCACCCUCCUCUUCAAAGGCUCCCCAAGAAUCCCAACCCCGGUCCAGGUCGGCGUCCCCCAAGGCUCCCCCAUAUCACCCCUCCUCUUCGUCAUAUACAUGAACAUCCUUCACCUACACGACCCCUCCUCAGGACUUACCUUAUCCUACGUCGAUGACUUCGCGGUAACCGUGGGCUCCCCCAGCUACCAACAAAACAUCCACAUACUCGAGGAACACUUCAAGGCGAUCACAGCCAUCACGGCCGCCCAGAACACCACCUUCUCAAUCCCCAAAACCGAACUCAUGCACUGGCGAACCCCCAAAGAUAAGGCGCCAACCUGCACCCUCCCCAUCACCCUCGAUAACCAGAUCUUCCACCCAGGCCAUCAAGUCAGAUGGGUCGGAUUCUGGCUAUCCCCAAACUUCAACCCAAACACCCACUUCAUCCGCCGCCUAGCUUCCGCCCAAGCCAGCUUCGGGAUCCUCCAAAGAUUCUCCUCCCCCGGCAAAGGCCUCUCCUCAUCUAACUGCAGGAAAAUCGCCCUACUCGCCAUUCGCCCAAUGCUCACAUACGGCGCAUCCGUCCUAACACCCACCAGCUCCAUCAAGGCAAUGAAUAAAUUUUGGAACUCAGUCCUCAGAUGGGCCACCGGCUGCUUCAGGGCAACCAACCAACGCGUCCUCUGGGCCGAGGCACACUGCCCCCCACUCAUCAACUACAUCCACUACCUGAAAACAAAGUUCGCCAUCCGCGUCCUACUCGCCCACCCUCUCAACAACCCAGUGACAGGCCGCUGCCACCCCUCCUUCCCUACCCUGACCCCCGAUAGGGUCCCCUCCCACACAAGCCUCCUCCGCGGUCGCCCCAACCCACCCAAAAAGUGGAACUCAACGGCAACGAAGGGAGUGGCCUACCUCCCCAUCGAACACCUCUGCUCCCUCCUCCGCUACCCAAUCGCAGGCGGAACCGACCACAAACUCCUCCCAAAACAAGCUAAAGAUCAAAUGCUGAAUAACUGGGCACAAGACUUUCCGACACCCCCCUACUACUCCUUCCCUCUCACCACAAGCCCUGAACCUUUCAUGGACCUACAUAAAUUCACGGCUACCCGAAUCCACCAAAUGAGAGCCCAAAAAAGCUACCUCAGAGGCCACAAAUCUUGGCUCAACCUCCACCUCUCCGAAAAGUGCGACAGAUGCGGCGAAGCCCCUGAAACCACCGAACACGCCAUCCUCCUCUGCCGAGCGAAAGCAACCCAACGCGCCCAACUCCUCCCAGGAAUUAAAACCCUUGAGGAGAUCUGGAGUGACCGCACCAACACACUAGCUCUAGGAGCCUUCAUCACCGCCACCAAAACAAACUUCCCCAGAAAGGAACACAUCUCCCCCCUCCUAUCCGGAUCUGAGACAUCAAGUGCCCUCAGCUCGCCUCCCUCCACCGCCUAG